UUAAAAAGUUUCUUUCUCCCGUUAUGUUUAUUCUUCAAACGAAUUAUCAGUAGUAACUUUUUUUUAAAUUUGUUUAUUUCAUUUUAUGUGUAUGGGCGUUUUGCCUGUAUGUAUGUCUGGGUAUCAUUAUGUGUGCUUGGAGUUUGUGGAGGCUAGAAGAGGUUGUCAUAUUCCCUGGAACUGAUGUUACAGUUGUGAGCUGCCAUGUAGUACUGGGAAUUGAAUCCAGGAACCCUAGAAGAACAUCCUUUGCUCUCAACCACUGAGCCAUCUCUCCAUCCUCCAAUGGUAACUAUUCAAAACUAGUUAAAUCGUUAACAGUUCAGAAAUAAUUAAAAAGCAAGAAUGAAAAAAAAAUGUAAUAGAAAGUAGCAAUAGAAGGAUCAGGAGGUCAAGGCCAGCUUUGAAUGCAUAAUGAAUUUGAAGCCAGCCUGAACUACAAGAAAUCCUAACUUUAAAAAAAGAAGAAGAAGAAGAAGAAGAAGAAGAAGAAGAAGAAGAAGAAGAAGAAGAAGAAGAAGAAGAAGAAGAAGAAAAAGUAAAGCCAACUGUAUUGAUGCAGUCCUUUAGUCCCAGCUCUCAGGAGGCAGAAUGCACCAUGUAUGGUGGCACAUUCCUAAAAUCUCAGGUGUGCAGAAAGUUGAAGCAGGAAGCUUGUGAGUUGGAGCCAAUUUGGGAUACAAGUGAGACUAAUGUAAAUACUUUAAUCCUACUUAUAAUAGUGAUAAAUUGUACUUCUAUUUCUUGAGGUUCUUUUGUUGGACUUAAUAAGUUAAAUGUUUUAGUAAAGAAAUGUUCAUUUUUGAAAUGCGUUUAUAGUUAAAGGUAGUGGUUUAGAACAAUACUUAAUUUUCAAGAUGACAUCAGACCAUUCACAAAAGAAGAAAAGAAAUUGAUGCACAACAUUUCUAAUAAUAAGAGAAAUGUUAAGUUCAACAAUUACCAGUGUUUCUUAGGAAAGCUACUGUGAGAGGGAAACUUACUACAAAUGACUGAAAAUCAGUUCAGCGAAAUACAAAAGCAAUAUUAACGUAUGUGUUAGGAGAGUUUUUGUUUGUUUGUUUCUGGUUUUUAGUUUUUCAAUUCUCUGUAUAGUCUUGGCUGUCCUGGACACACUUUGUAGACCAGGCUAGCCUCAAACUCACAGGGAUCUGCCUGCCUCUGCCUCCCUAAGUGCUGGGAUUACAAGCAUGUGACAUUGCACCUGGCUGUAUUAGGAGUCUUAAAACAUCUCAUACCUGCCUGUGAAGAUUGCUCAACCAGUUAAGUGCCUAUACUGAGAACCUGAGUUCAGAUCCCUAGAACUCACAAAAGAGCCAUAACCCUUGUACUAGGGAGGCAGAGACAAAUAAAUUCUUGGAGAUCAUUGGCCAAGGUGGAUAGUGAUUGAUGAAGAUGCCAAUAUCAACUUCUGGUCUCCAUAUGAGGCAGUGUGUGUGUGUGUGUGUGUGUGUGUGUGUGUGUUGACACACAAAGGUACACACUCACACAGAAGCCACCUCACAUCUGGGUAAAGAUGUGGCUCAGUGGUAGAGUGACCUAGCAUGUGUGAGCUGCUGAAUUCAAUCUUUUAUACCACAAAGGAGAAAAUAACGGAAAAAAUAAGCUCUCAGAUCUAAGAACAAAAUAAGAAAAAAAACCAAAAACACACAUAGAAAAUAUGCUUUUAUUUCUUUACUUAUAUAAGACAGUAGAAAUUAAUGUGUACCACAGACAAACUACUGAGUAACCUGGCUUAUGGUACUAGAGUGCAUACACUUGGUUGUGCGGUUUAUUGCUUCUGCAAUUAUGACCUCAGAUCUGUCACUUAUCUUUUUGUAUCUGUUUUCUCACUUACAAUUUUUUAUAAGUGGGAAUAAUUUUUUAGGUUAUACGGAAUACUAAAUACUCUGCUUAGAACAGUAUUUGGUAAAUAUUGAGCAUUUUUUAACUUUAAAUAAAAGUUUAGAAUCAUAUAUUUAUGAUAUUAAAGUGGGAUAUUAAACCAUGUUGUCUCAAUGGUAGAACAAAUGCACAAGGUUCUGGGUAAAUCCCUGCACCAAAAGCAAGAUGGAAAUAAACCCAAACCAUGUAGAAUGGAAAAGGAAAAAAAUAAAUAAAUAAAUAAAUAAAUAAAUAAACGGGAGGGAAAAUACUGGAAAUAAUUUUUUAAAUGUUAGUGUCCAUGUCUAUAUAGAAAGUAUUUUUUAAUGCUUUUCCAUAUUUCUUAGAUUUCUAAAAUAAACAUUUAAAUAAAUUGUAUCAAUAAAUUUCAUUUUAAAUCUAAAUUGAAGAUUGUCCAAACUUGUAAGUAUACUGAGUAUAUUAUUUUAUGCAUUUCAGAUAAGUGAGUUAUUUGGUUUGUGAUUAUAUCUCAGUAAAGCUGUGUAAAUUUAAAGAAAAAUACUUAAAUUGAGAAAUCUGAGCUGGUCACAGUGACACUCACCUGUAAUCUCAGCACCCGGGGAGGCAGAGGCAGAUGAAUUUCUGUGAAUUUGAGGCUAGCCUGGUCUACAAAGUCAGUCCAGGACAGUCAAGGCUACACAGAAAAACCCUGUCUCAAAGAGAGAGACAGAGAAAUCUGAGGACUUCUAAACAGCUUUUGAAGUAACUAGAAGUAGUUUCUUGGGUAUUGUAUUCAAAUUUAACUGUUUUGCUUAAAUAAUAUGUUCUGAGAUGAGUAUGUUUAAUUAUUUUAAAACUUUCUCUUUGACCCAUCUUCUCAAAUGGCUGCAGGAAGCCCAAGGACCAAGUGGUCAGGGAGGUGGAGACUGAGUGAGAUGCCUCACUAAGAUGUCCAAGCUGACCUACUGCAACCUCCCAGGCUAGGAGAUCCAGCUUAAAGAAUGUGUCUGACCUGUUUGUGAUGGGAGGUGCUCUCAUUCUGGAGUCCGCAGCUCUCUUGCACUGGCUGGAGAGGGAAGGCUAUGGACCUCUUGGGAUGACUGGAAUAUCCAUGGGAGGACAUAUGGCCUCCUUAGCAGUAUCCAACUGGCCCAAGCCCAUGCCAUUGAUUCCAUGCCUGUCUUGGUCCACAGCAUCUGGGGUCUUCACUACGGGUGUAUUGAGUAAAUCAAUUAAUUGGCGGGAGCUGGAAAAGCAGUAUUAUACACAGACAGUUUAUGAAGAAGAAAUUAUUCAUAUGCUUGAAUACUGUGGGACAGAUUCUUUCAAAAUGGGACAUGAGUUCAGGAAACACUUCCCUGGCAGUGCAGACAAGCUGACUAACCUGAAUCUGGUUUCCAGAACUUUAAAUUUAGAUAUGACAGACCAAGUUGUAUCCCCAAAGCGUGCUGAGUGCCAUAAUUCUGGUAAAACAUCUGUCAGUGCUACUUCAAAAGGACACCUGUUGCAAGAUACCACUAAGAUGGAAUGCUUGAAUCAAACACUCUCAACUAACAAAAGUCAUUAUACAAGUUACAACCCUCAGUCAUUUCACCUGCUCAGCAGAGAGCAAAGAAGAAGCAAUCUUCAAAAAGAGUCUUUAAUAUUCAUGAAAGGAGUCAUGGAUGAAUGCACUCAUGUAGCAAACUUCUCAGUUCCAGUUGACCCAAGCCUCAUUAUAGUGGUACAAGCCAAAGAAGAUGCCUAUAUUCCACGAACAGGAGUUCGAAGCCUACAAGAAAUUUGGCCUGGUUGUGAAAUCCGGUACCUAGAAGGGGGUCAUAUCAGUGCUUAUCUCUUUAAACAAGGACUCUUCAGACAAGCCAUCUAUGAUGCCUUUGAACGUUUUCUUCAUAAAUAUGCUAACUAACUGGAUUGAUGUAUAACAUCCUAUUUCCUAUUAAAAGAGUUCACCCUGUGAUGAUGUGAAGAACAAGCAGACAGCACUAUAUACCUAAUUGUUGCCAAAUUAGUCUGUAAGCCAGUGUUUACGGGUCAGUUACCAACUAUAGUAAUGUAAAAGCAGUACUUGAAUCAUACAAUCCUGAAGUAUUUGUUACUCUUUUAGAAAUCUCAUAUAUCUAACAUGACAUCUGUUACUAUUUAUGAAAAUAUUUUAAUUAUGAAUAAUUUAUUGAUUCAGAAUAAAUAGCAACCCUAUUGGUUUUUAAUAGAAUUACUGAAACUAAGAUUGUAACAUCACAUGUACUGUAUAGUGUUAUAUGGCAUUUUGCAAUUAACUUGAUUUUAAAAACCUGUUGUCCAUCAUUUUUUGUCUGUAUAGUGGUUUUAUAAUCUAGUUUUCAACAUCAGAAAUUUACUGCCAUAGAAAUACCUAAGAUAUGUAAGUCACUGUUAGCAUUGAAUUUAUGAAAAUAUCCUGACUUCUGAGCUGUAUCCCUGGAGUACAUACCUGUAAUCCUAACACUUGAGAAGUACAGGCAGAAGGGUCAGAAGUCCAUAAUCCUCCUUUACAUAGCAAAUUUGAGGCCAGCUUGAGCUACAUGAGACCCUGUCUCAAAAAUAUGCCUGGCAUGGUAGCUCUUGCCUUUAUUUGCAGCAGGUGGGAGACAAAGGCAAGCAGAUCUCUAUGGAGUUCAAGGCCAGUCUGAUCUAUAUACCAAGUUGCAGACCUGCCAAAGCUACUUGAUGAGAGUCUAUCUCAAAAAAUAACAAAACAGUAUAAAACCAAAAUCUGGCUGAUUUGUAGAUAAGUGAUAAGUGUUUUUAAUAAUUAAACUGAGUGCUGAACUAUACAAACGAGACUAAUUAAACUAGAGUAGGCUUUAAAUUUUUACCAAAGGUUAGGUCAGAAAAAGUGCCAGGGCUGGGGCCUUGCUUGCCCAGCCUACAUAGGCUCUGAAGCUAGUCCCCAGCGCUGCCAAACAAAAAGAAAAGCUGGAGGUGUUUGGGAGGUAGAAUUCAAGCAUGUUUUCUCUACUUAAGAUACUUUUCUUUUGAAAAAUGGAAAUGACGGAAGAAUUUUGCACUAGUUAGUGGAUUGUCAGGUAAUUCUUAGACACCUGUUCUUCAGUUGCUUAAAAACUGACUUAACAGCUUUGACUUUUUAGUUUCAUAAUUUAAUAGCCACAUAAGAAAUUAAACCAUUGUACAGAAAAACAUGUGGUUUUAUACACUGCUAACUUUUUAAAUGGGAAUUAUAUGGAUAGAUAUUUGGUACAGAUGUUAAACUUCUCUGAGCUAAAAUGUUUAACAAGUAAAUGUGUUUGUGUUUGAAAUCUGUAUUGACCUUCAAUUUAAACUAGGUCUUGCUGAUCUAGUGAGGAUGUGUGGAUUAUAACAUGCCUUUGGCAGCUUUUAUUAAAGAUGCUGUGCCACUCUAAUGUAUCUGUCACUAAAAUUUUUAACAGCUAGUUAAACAUUCUUUCCUGUGAAGUCAUUGAUGGCAAAGUAAUAGCUUUUUGGAAACUACUUUUAAGUAAUACAUUACAGUAUAGCUGUUAGAGCUACAGCAAUUUUGUAUAUUCAGACUAGAACAUUUACUUUUGAUUGCAAGUAUAAAAUGUUCCUUUAGAGUAAAACCUGCCUGGUGGCGUUGGUGCACACCCUUAAUCCCAGCACUAGGGAGGCAAAAGGCGGGCAGAUCUCUGUGUUGGAGGCCAGCCUGGUCUCCAGAGUGAGUUCCAGGCCAGCUAGUGCUACACACAAAGAAACCCUGUCUCCAAAACAAAAGUAAACCCAAAACAAACAAAAAACAAAAGAACUGGUUGCAGAGCCAAGAGCAGUGGCUUGCCCCUUAAUCCCAGCACUGGGAGUCAGAGUUCAAGGCCAGACUGGUCCACAAAAGGGUUCCAGGACAGCUCAGGCUACACUAGGUGUAGCUAGUUGGUAACUGACCCAUAGUACAUGCCUGUAAUUCCAGCAGGAGUCAGAGGCAGAGAAUCAAUCAACCACAAGUUCCAGGCAGUGUGAUGUACAUAAUGUAUUCUAGACCAGCCAGGGCUACCUGUCUCAAAUAAAUUCAUUUUAUCCUUUAAGUGGCUAUUUUAAGAUAGCCACUCACAAAACUACCUAAACUGAUUAAUUCAGAAAAAGUACCUUUACUUACAUUUCUUCAAACCUACUCUCCAAAAUACUGACUCCGGUAUUAUAAUAAAGUCUCAAAUGGCUGAAGUACCUAUUUAACAUAUCAAAGUGAACUUGGCCAGGAGGUUCUCCUAGUAUCCCUCAACCCCUACAGGUUUGCAUACCCCCCUCCUACAUUGAACUCUCCAGCCCCCUACCCUGAACUCUGCAGCCCCCAGUACACACACAAACACACGUGUGUACUCAUGUACAAGUUAUAUAUGCAUAUGUAUAUAUAUAUAUUCUUUGAGAAAUUAAUAUAUUCUCAAAUAAUAUAUUCUCAAAGAAGUCUUGCCUGCCGUUUUCCUGCCACUUCAUGGAUUAGGUCUAUAAAAUACUACAGAUUCAUUCAGACCAGAGUUGCAGGAAGCUAGUCCUCAGAGGCCAGUUUGACCCAGUUUUAUUUGGUAUACAUAAUAGGUGUGCAUUCCCAAUUCUGCUACUGGACGUCUUACAUGUAACUACUAUAUUUCCCACUCAGCCCUACAGACUCUGAAGAUGUAGUUCUAUAAUUAGACUUCAUGAUUUACCAAUGUUAUAUUGUUUUACUGAUGCAUUUUUAAUGUGGUGCUUUCUCUAUUAUAAUACUAACAAUGUGACGAUUUUUAAAAUAUUUUCCAAAUUUUAUAUUUCAUAAUAAAAUCUAUUUUAGAAGUUA